UAUAAAUCACGGUCUCAGAAAAAGCAACGGAGAGUCUGAAGGAGAUAUAUUUAUUAUAUAUAAAUUAAAUCCAAAAAAAAAAAAAAAAUGGAUUGGUCAUCAUCAAAGUGGUCUCUCCUUCCUGUAUAUUUGUGUUGCUUCUUCAGUUUUAUCUUUACAGCUUCAUCGGCUUUCAACGUCUCCACCAUCUCUUUCGAUGAAGGUUACUCUCAUCUCUUCGGCGAAGGCAAUCUCGUUCGCUCUCCCGAUGGCCGAAACGCUCGUCUCAUCCUCAAUCGUGCCUCUGGGGCCGGUUUCAUAUCAUCAAGACUGUAUAAUCACGGAUUCUUCAGCGCCAUGAUCAAGUUGCCGUCGUACUAUACGGCCGGUAUAUGUGUAGCCUUCUAUACAUCAAAUGCUGAUGUGUUCGAGAAGACGCACGAUGAAUUAGACUUUGAGUUCCUGGGUAACGUUGCCGGGAAGCCAUGGAGAUUUCAGACUAAUUUUUACGGUAACGGUAGCACUCAUCGUGGUAGAGAAGAAAGAUACCGGCUCUGGUUUGAUCCCAGUAAGGAGUAUCAUCGAUAUAGCAUUCUUUGGACGGCUAACAAUAUCAUAUUUUAUAUCGAUGAAGUUCCGAUAAGGGAAGUUGUUCGGACUCCGGCGAUGGGCAGUGACUUCCCAUCAAAGCCGAUGUCUCUAUAUGCUACAAUUUGGGAUGCCUCAAGUUGGGCAACUUCUGGUGGAAGAAACAAAGUUAACUACAAAUAUGGUCCCUUUACUGCAGAAUUUAAAGAACUAGUACUCGAAGGUUGCCCUGUUGACCCAAUUGAGGAAUUCCCUUUCAAAGAUUGCCUCAACACUGAGACUCAGCUUUCUGCCAAAGAGUACGCCGCGAUCUUGCCAAAAAGUAGACGAUCCAUGCGCCGGUUCCGAGAACAUUUCAUGUACUAUUCAUAUUGCUACGACAUACUAAGGUAUCCCACACCAUUACCUGAAUGUGUGAUUGUUCCUUCAGAACAACGACGUUUUAAAAACACCGGUAGAUUGAAAUUUGGAGGUAGCCAAAAGAGUCGAAAGCAUAAACGCGACCAUCGGUCAGAAUUCGCAAUGGUUACAAGCACAUCCGAGGAUCCGGAUAUGUAAUUUUUUUUUAUUUGUAAAUUAAUUAAAUUAUAAUAUGGUUUUAUUUUAUUUUCGCCGAUUGGUCCCCUAUAUAGUUUUGUUCUUGGUUGUGUAUGUAAGUUAGAAAUAAUAAAAUAUAGUAGUGAAUUGGUCCAAGUUUGGUGGGAUUUUGAUGGA